UGACAGUGACAGAAAAGGUGCAAUCGUGUCCUGCCUCCCCUCCCUUUCCUCCGUUUCGCGAACUUAUUUUUAUUUUUAACUUUGUAAAAGUUUACGUGUCGUAUUUUAAUAAACUUUUAACAACGAUUUUAAGUUUAAUUUCGAGAAACUGCUAUUUAAAUAUACAUAGUGACAAUUGACUGUAUUUCAGUUGUACUGUUGUUGAAAUGUCCCGUUUGGAAAGUUUGGAGAUCGACUCGUAUUGGGAUCUGAAACUUGCCAAUGUUUUGUGCAACUCCAACUUGGUUUAAAAAGUAAAGUAGGUAAGUACCGAUAAACCUUCAACCUAUUCACCAAACCAAAACUAGCAUUCAUUCCAUAACACAAGCAACAAUGUCAAGUAGUACGGAGCCAGUGACGUACGAGGAGCUGGAGAACACGGACGUGAUCAGUGUGGAGCUGGUGCCGGAGCGGAAGGGGCUCAUCCUGAAGCACUGCGAGUACUAUGUGAGCUCGCGCCGCCACGGCACCACCGUCACCCGCAGAUACAAUGAGUUCUCACAGCUCUAUGAUGUACUGCUCAAUAAGUAUCCAUAUAGAGCAAUAUGCAGUCUACCCCCAAAAAGAGUGAACGUGAACGGCGGCAGCCCGCGCUUCCUGCAGCGGCGGCGCGCGGCCCUGCAGCGCUGGCUGACGCUGGUGGCGCGGCACCCCGUGCUGGCCCACGACGCCGACCUCAGGGCCUUCCUGUGCGAGCCCAACCCGCGGCUCGAGAGGCCCAAGCACGAUGAGUUCAUGCUGGCGGGCUGUCAGGAUCCUACGCCCGUGGACAUGCUGACGGAGCAGCUGGCGGCGGCGGCGGCGGCGGAGCAGGACCGCCUGCGCCUGCUGCAGCUCGGCCUCGAGCGACUGCUGCAGAUAUUCGAUAAAGUGGAAUCUCGUCUAGAAGCGGACCGCAGCGACGUGCGUGCCCUAGGCGCUGGACUGACCGCGCUCUCCACCGCCAGCCUCCCCCCCUCGCCCCUCCCCCCCUCUCCCCUCCCCCCCGCGAGCACCGCGCCAGUGAGCGUGCCGUCGCAGCCCCGCUUGAAGGAAGCUGCCCGAGUGGCAUCAGAGAUCCCGGACAUGCCGGAGCAGGACGACUCGGGCGCCAUCUCCACGUUCCUGCUGAGUGUGGACGCGGUGGCGGCGGCGCGCGCGCUGGCCGCCCGGCUUGCACGCCCGCAGCCGCCGUCGCGGCAGCGGUAUGCGCUGAAGUGUCAACUGCAGGAGGCGCAAGUAGCCCUGGCGUACGGGCUGGCGGCGAUCCAGGCGCUGCCCGAGCUGUUCUGCGCACGCGCCGAACGACACGCUGAGGCCGCGCGCCUGUGGGCCGAUAUACACGCGACUCUUGACCCAAGCCACAGUAGACAAUAAUAUACACACGGCUCUCAAUGCAAGCAGUACUAACGCGACUCUCGAUGCAAGUUACAGUAGAUAGUAGUUCACAUGCCGCCCUAGACUAGUGCAAGUACAACAGAACUCAGAUCUCCCGCGCACUAGGCAUAGGCAGCCAGGCUGCGCAGCCAGGUUGUGGCAGCCAGGUUGCGGCAGCCAGUAAAAUAUGGAAUUCGUAGCUGCCUAGUGCGUGGGCUCCCAUACAACGUCAUAUUAUUAUGAUAUUAUGUUUCACUAGCUAACGCAGCCUUAGCUUAUAUUUAUGUGAACGUCAUAGUAAGAUUUUGAAGUUAAACUUCUUAAUUAUAAUACUUCACAUCUGCUAAUAAGACCAUUGUAUGAAUUUGGCUCGAAUAAACUUUAUUGUUAAC